AUGGAAGGCUCCAGCUCUUCCACAUCGCCAAGCGCCUCGCAUGGCGGCACUUCGACCACACUAGACUCCGAAGCCGGCGCUCCAAGCGUCCUCAUCUGCUUGCUUCGACUCGACUUGCGCAUUCACGACAAUCCCCUUUUCUACUAUGCCCAUCAGACUCACAAGCCCAUUGUAUCGUCAGCCGAAAAGACAGUCGACCUAAGCAAACUCGAAGACGAGGCUCUCUUGGGUUCCACUGCUGACUACCUUCUCCCUGUCUUUGUCUUCGACGAGCGAGAGAUGGAGCUCAGCGGUCUGCCCGGCUACCACAGGAAAGGUCCCGAGGCGCGCACCAAAGAGUACGGCUUCUGGAAGACCGGUGGCUUCCGCACCCGUUUCGUCUCAGAAUCAGUCUACGACGUACGAUCCCGCCUGCGAUCCGUCGGCUCCGACUUGCUCAUCCGAUUCGGUACACCAGAAGAGGUCAUCUACAACCUUGUACAUGCUUUCCAGGCCGAGGGCACCCACGUCGAAGGUGUCUGGCUUCAAAAGGAGAUGACCUACCCCGAGAUCGAUGUCGAGAACAACAUUAUCGAAAAGCUGCAGGGCAGUGGCGUCCCUGUCCAGUUUGUCAACGGCAAGACCCUCAUCCACCCAUCCGAUCUCCCCUUCGAAAGCAGCGAGACACCCGAUGUCUUUACCCCCUUCCGUAAAAAAGUCGAGGCGCUAGGCACAAAGAUGGUCCGUCCUGUCAAGCACUCUCCUGCCAAGUUCAAGGCAUUCCCUCCGGCAAUUCCUUCCACUCCCGACUAUGCCCUCGACGUAUCGUACGAGGUCGAUGUCGAUGGCCUCGCGCCUCGUGCUCCCGAGACCAAGGACAAGCAAGAGGGUCAGGUCUCCUUCCACGACAUUCUCCGCUUCCUCCUCACUCCACUCAACGACUCGCAACUUCCGCCAACACUAGAAGCCAGCGCGCUUCUCCAACAACGUCAUCCUGGCUCCGCCUUCCCGCUGCGCGGUGGCGAGUCUUCAGCCUUGGACAGACUCGACUGGUACUUUGUGCGUGGCAAAUCGGCCGACUCGACGCGAUGGGGCAAAGCCGAUCCACCGCCCGUAGCGCGGUACAAGCAGACGCGUAACAAUCUCAUCGGUCACGCCUACAGCACCAAGAUGUCGCCUUUCCUCGCCUACGGAAGCAUCUCGCCUCGACAGAUCUGGGAAGCGUUGGACGACCACGAGAAGAAGUUUGGCGAGGAUCAGAACACCUACUGGGUCCGAUUCGAGCUGCUCUGGCGAGAUUACUUUUUCUUCGUCGCCGAGAAGUACGGUCAUCUGCUCUACGAUCUUGGCGGCUUCGAGCGCGCCACUGACCCGCGUCAGGCCGCCAGAAAGAUGGAAGAGGGCUGGUGGCGCAAGUGGGACCCGAUCAAGGAUGGGCCCGAGCACGAGAUGACGCGUCUGCUCGAAGGCCGCACUGGCAUCCCUUUUAUCGAUGCCAACAUCCUCGAGCUCCGAGAGUCGGGUUUCAUGUCGAACCGAGGUCGUCAGAACGUAGCCAGUUUCUUGUCAAAGGAUCUCGGGUACGACUGGCGUAUCGGCGCCGAAUUCUUCCAGUCGCACCUCAUCGACUACGACCCGACGUCCAACUACGGCAAUUGGCAGUACGUCGCCGGUGUCGGCAACGAUCCGCGUGCCUCUCGGCAGUUCAACACGGUCAAGCAGGCCAAGGACUACGAUUCGCACGGCGACUAUGUCAAGAUGUGGAUCCCGGCGCUGCGCAAUUUGCACGUCGACUACGUGCACACGCCGUGGCUGCUAUCGGCCGAAGAGCGCAGACGCUACGGUCUCAAGACAACCAAGAUGGAUGUGACGAUCGACGGGUACCCAGCGCAACCGCUGUUUGAGCACGAGGGGUGGCAGCGCCACUACGAGCGCAAGCAGGGUGUGGGUUCCAAGAUGCAUGGUAAUCCGCAGGAGAAGGUGAAGGACGGUAAGGUGCCGCGUCGCCAUCGACCUAGCUACCGCGUGUCGGCCGCCACUUAUGGCGCACUGUCCGACGGCGGCGCCUCUAUGGACCAGCUAUCUGCUUCUGCCGGAACCUUGUCAAGUGGAUAUGAUGGCAGUGGGUCGCGCAAUGUGAUUCCACCGCUGCGAGGCGCUUCCGGAUCGAUCGGGCCAUCUUUCAUUGCACGUCCCAAUCAGGGCUUCCCGAAUGUUGCGGCGCUCAACAUUGGCGGCGGUUCGGAGCGCAGCGGGUCGCCGUUCGGGACGUCGCCGGCCGGACACUCGAGCACGAACAAGUUUGCUCGCCCGGCGUCGGGGCAUCAGAUGCCGGCGAAUUUGCCAGCGCCUGUGGGUCGUGCGCCGGGCAACGCGUUCGACUUUGGUCCGGGACGCACUGGUAGCGCCUCGAGUAUGGACAUGCCGAAUGGCAGGGUUCGUAGGGCGCCGGGUGUGGGCAACGAUGCGUAUGCCGCUGCGCUGAAUGCCUCGUCCACGCCGAUCGAGUCGGUACAGGAUGCCAAGUCUACUGCGGGUGGAAACGGAUACGGCAACGGAAGGAAUGGUGUUGUGGGAGGUGGGACUGUGCAGCAGGGGGUUAGCAAGGCGGAUUUGGAGACGAGCUGGCGACGUGGGUCGAAGUGA